AAAAAAAAAAGAGCAAAAAAGCUAAAAUUUCCAAGACUAUUAGUGUUUUGGUGUAGACUCCAUUACAUCUGUGAUAAAAAGUCUAAGUAAUUACAGUUACACUAAUAUUCACAGUUUUGCAGUAAUAUUUUGUUUGGUUGCUUAGCAUUUCUGUUUUUUCUACUUUCUGUUAAGCAAGUAAUGCAAGGGUAAAAAAGCGCAUCCACUUAAAUGGUAGAUUAAUUUGCUACUUUUUGGCUGUGUGCCUCUGCUUGACUCACAGUUUGGUAAUUUGGAGAGUGUGUUUCUGCGAGCUGUAAGUGGAUUAGUGUUUGUAGUCAAACUUCAGAAGCACCCAUGGACGCAUGUGCUAAAAGGAGGCUUUCUGCUUUGGAAUUUAAGAUUCUGGAAUUGUAAUGACUGAAAUUAAGGCCCAAAAUUGCUUGGAAAAUUAGCUUGUCCAAACAUGCAGAGAAACUCAAUUACAUAUCCAAUUAAUGUCGGCCGCAUCUCACCAGGGCAAGAGCUGUAACAAUUUUCAUUAGUCGACCUCCAAAGGAAUAUUAUGUUUGAAUAAUCAGCAAGAUUGGCCAGGCAUGGAGUGCAAACGAUGGUCCCUUGAAAGACUUUGUAAAUGGUUGAAAUGCAUCUUCUCAGCUUGCUGGCUGCACUACAGAUUGCUGUUUUGCAUGUGAUUGAUGUGGUAGACUGUGCUAGUCUGGUUGACAUAAUGACAGUAGUAUUUGUAGACAGGCAGCUCCACAUAGUUCGCCUGUCUGCAAGCACACAGCCUAAUUUAUCAAGCUGUAAAAGGAAAACAAGUGAAGAGUCAUGAAAAAAAAUCCUCCUGCAGUGAGCCGUGCAUAUGUGUGCUGUGACUUGCUGAUCCCAGUAGUCCAAUCAUUUCUAGUGGCAGUUUGCCCAAAUCUUGUGGCUGUGGUAACCAUUUUCCUUCUUUUUUUAACAUUCUAUUUCCCCCCAUGUGCUUAUUCAUCAUUUGGCAUUUCUCCUGUGGUUGGCAGGUGUAAAACAGUGCCACUCGAAACACACUGCAUCUGAUUAACUCUUUCAUUCUUUUGGCUGGCUGAAGGAUUAAGAGCACUUUGUCUAUGUCUCACUGUCUCUCUUUCCUUCCUUCUCUUUCCCUCUCAAUGUCCCCCCCUCUUUGAGGUGCUGCUGGUCAAUAAUGGAUGAGAGCAUGCUCACUGCCCCCUGACAGCAGGGCAGCAAACGGAGCAGGGAACCCUGCCUGCCUAUACUGUGAAUAAUGCAGAAGGCCAAGGGCCGUGCUCACUACCAAGUGAUGUUCCAAGAGCAGGUUAGCUCUUUAGUGCUUGCUCGCUAGGACUACUACAGACAGACGGAGUCCUGACUCAAGACCAGCAUUCCCGUUCAGGGACACAUGCUGAAUACAGGGCUCUUCAAGGCCUUACAUCAUGAACAGAAUGUAGAAUAUAUAAAGAAUUAAGGAUAUAUUAUGUAUUUAGGAGCAAGCUAGAUGGUCAUUGAGAUGCUGGCAAGAUCCGAUUUCUGGCGAUUGCAGUGUCAUCAGGACUCAUGCUGAUAUCAUGAACGCAGGAUGCGGGAGAGGGAGCUGCAGUGCGUGGGCAGGAGAGUGCUACUGCUUGGCGUCUGCCUGCUGUCUCUGUGGGGGCAGCUGAGCCUGGCCUCCUCACACCGCAGCCACAUCGUACAUGUCAAGGCAGGAACCUGUGAGGUCAUAGCAGCGCACCGUUGUUGUAACAAGAACAAAAUCGAAGAGCGUUCUCAAACUGUCAAAUGCUCCUGCUUUCCCGGACAAGUCGCCGGCACCACCAGAGCAGCCCCCUCCUGUGUGGACGCUUCUAUAGUAGCACAGAAGUGGUGGUGCCAGAUGCAGCCAUGUAUGGAGGGUGAGGAAUGUAAGGUGUUGCCAGAUCUUAAAGGUUGGAGCUGCAGCACCGGGAACAAAGUCAAGACGACCAGGGUCACACGGUAGUCUGGGAUAAGGAUAUCUGGGACUUAUCAUCUUGUUCUUAGAUCAUAUUAUGGAAAUGCAGGAACCAGGAUUUGAAGACUGCUUGAGGACAGUGGAAAUUAUGUAUUUGGAUUUCACUGGAAUACUGAUACUCUUUUAAAUGGAAACUCUCAAACAGAAGUUCUUUGCUUUCUCUGGGCAGCCUUCUUCGAUCCAAACUUCCAUCCAUGUUUUAUAACUACUGGACAAGAACUUCCAUCAUGUAAAAUUUCGUCUUCACCAAGAUCUUGACAUUGACAAUAAAACAAGAUAUUAAUCGAGAGAUGCCAUUACAUUCUGCAGAACUAUGAAUGACAUUUUCUUUCUUUCUUUUUUUGAGACCACAUCAGGCUUGAAAAGUUCAUUAACUAUCGGAAGUGUGUGUUCCAGAGCCGACUGUGCUCCCUUCUCCAUCCCUUAAUGCUAACGUUUUUUCUUCUUUUAUAGGAAGAUUUUUGAUCUUCGUGAGGUGUUUACGUUUAAGGACAAACCCAGAGCACUUGUGUUUUGAAAUGAACUUGUGCCAUUGAAAGAAGUACAUUAAGUAUUAAAAAAUUAUAGGAAGUCUAAACUCUGAUGGUUGGAGUUUGGCAGUAGUCCACUGAAAAUGAAUAUAACUUUGCAAUCACAGAUUUGCUGUUUGUUUAAAAAAAAAAAAAAACGGUGAAUGCUAUUGAGUAAAAAGUGUAAGUAUUAUCUUAAAUAAAAGUAUCUCUAUGGGAAACCUCCACACACUAUUUGAAAGAAUUUAAAAGGUGACACAUCAAACACUAACACAGCAUUUCUCAGAACAGUGAAAGCAACUAUUUUUUAAAUGUAUUGCAAUGCCAUGCUGUAUUAAGAUGCAUAGCCACUUUCAUAAACUCAUGCGCUGAUGCUACUGUUUUUCAUAUACAGUAAUAAAUGUCAUUUAACUGUCAAGAUUAUCACAAAAUUAUGUUAAUAUCCUAAGUAAGACUGGCACACAUUCUUUUCUGAGAUAUGCUCUAUGCAGACACUACUUUGUCAGUCUAUGAUUCGCAAAGUGCUUAUGCAGCUAUCACAGAGCACUUCAGACUAAAUUGUGGAAGACAGAGGUAAGGCUAUUAGCAUAAUACCAUUAGGCAGUACUUCUGCCUGGCUAAUUUACCAUUAGAAUUACCAACGGUGGAAUGAGGAGAAGCACUUGGAGGUAAGUCAACAUGUCAUUUGCUGAGAGGAGCAAGUGACACAAGUGAUACCCCUCAACAUGCCAUAAACAUCAUUUUCAGGUACUAAUGUGCUAAAGUGUUACCCUAAAUCACAGACUAUGCACAACCCUAUCAUUAAAAGGAUGUGUGAUUAGCAAGGAGUAUAUGCAAUUUAUUUAAUUGUUUGCUUGUGUGUGGAUAUGUGUGUUAGGAUUUGUGUGUGUAGGAGCAUCAGAUGACUCAGUUUCCAUUUGUAUUCAUAGCAGAAUUCUAAGGGUUGCAAGGGUCUUGACUUUCCUUAUGGCACUCUCACACAUCUCUACUUCAUUUGCUGAUGACACUUUUCACCACAGAUCAUUUGUAGCAGCCAAAAAAGUUAAUUUCUUAUGCCUGCAAAUCCUGAAUGCAUAGUAAAGACAUCAAUAAGAUUACCAAAGCUAAUAAAACUCCAACUGUGGAGAGUGUAUGAGUGGUCUCAGGGAGGCUACAGUGACAGGGGAGAGACGCGACAGUGCUUUGGGGACAGGGAUUAACCAUUCCUUUCCAUGCUGGAUGUCUUUGAGUCUUAAUCUAUCUUUGACAAGGGUGGACACAGCGUACACUAACUUCACAGAACUCAUGGGUAUGCGUGAAAGCUCGCGCAUUAUCAUUCCAGGAAUCCUAAUCUGCAUGCAGUGCAUUCUCAGGUGUCCGGUGAGGAAGCUGUGAAGAGGAUUGGGUCUGCAGGUCUCCAGGCUAGGACUGGAGAUGAAGCGAGCACACGCAGGUUGGGAAUCUGUUUGUUAUUGCUCAGUGUUGGUAUUCUACCUGCCACCAUGGCCAAACUGCUUUCCCCCAAAUAUGAAUGGCAAUGCAGAUAUUUAAAAUAAGAAUACAAUACAUAUGGAGCAAUGCCCUUCUCUCUCUCUCUCGGUGUGUGUGUGAGGUGAAAAUGUCAGGUUUAAUGCUAUUCAUGAGGCAUGUCAGGUGAGACCAGUUAUAUUUUGUAUGAUUUUGAAUGGGAUUUGUUUGCUAUCUUACUUUGUCUAGACACGACCAAAUCUUUCAUUACAAUUACAUUUGCGUCUUUGCGUCACAUGUUGUUGGUGACAGAAUGUUCUAUCAUAAGUGCAGUUAUGGGAUUUGAGAAUAAGUGUGUUUCACUACAAUAUGUUUUUCCUGACCCUUGUUCGUCCUUCAUGAUAUGAGAGGGAUGUUUUAAAGUGGAGAGAUCUAAAGGGAGAUCAGUGUAUUCUAUGUUUAUAAAGUAGCAUCUUACCUUCUCUGUCAUUUCUGAGACCUGCAAAAUAGAUUGUUUUCAUUCACAAGGUGUCACGUAAUCAUGGGGUUUAGGGAACUACUGAAUAUAAUUUGUGUAUAUAAUGCUUAUAGGCUAUUUCCUCAUCAGGUUCACAACAUGGAAUAUUUCUUUCCAUUUUGAUACAAAGAUAAGAGUUUCACUUUCGCAUUUUUUGUAUAAGAAAAAGACACCAGGAAUGCCAAAGAUGCCAAAUAUGAUCAAUUAGUAGUAAAAAUAAAGAAUAAAGGAGAAUUGUAAUCUGUCACUUAUAUUAAACAUCUCUAUUAAAAGUGGUCAUUUCUUCUAAAUAGCCAAGUUAUGCUAACUGUGUGUAUCAUUAUGGCUCGUGUCCACAUAUCAUCUCCUGGCAUUUUCCUCCUAGCAUGAUUAGAAUAAAUGCUACAUGUUUUGUAAUCCUUGGAUGUCCUGAUUCAAAUGCACAAGCUGCCAUUUUAUAAGCCAAUUACAUAUUGAGGCGAUCAUAUAAAUCAUGUAACUAAUACUGUAUAAUUCAUGCACAGUGAUGUAUUUUUAUGUUUCUAAUUAAUCUAUCUCUUCCCCAUGUCUAAAGCAUUUCCAUUCCCAUCA